AUGCGAUUAUUCCGGCCACAAUCGGUGUCGAAAUGGGAGGGGGAAAUGCAUCGACGACGGUUGGGCAAGGAUCAUAAACAGCGACGGCCUCGCUCUCUUGCUCUGCUGAUCGAUCGAAGCUUUGAUGAAAUUGAAAGUACCGCGUCACCCAGGCUGAGUUUCCCGCUUCCCACUCGGGGUCGCCUGUCCACUGUCGCCUUUUCUGCGUCUCCUGCCACCACGUCCUCAUCAACUUUCCCUCUUCCACUUCGUUCGUUCUUCGCUCCUCUCUCCCUCUUCUCUUCUCCCCAGAGACUCGAGGUCUUUGACACACUUCAAACCCUCCUCGUCACCCCGGCUUGCCCAUCCAACACUCAGGGCCUACGUCUAGCUGUGCUCUUUACCUGCCGCUCCCCCUGGAUUUUCGUUUCGUCCGCGCGGCUCGACUUGUUGACUUCACAGACAUAA